AUGAGCGACUUUGCAGCAUAUCAGGAGCACAGCCGUGAGCCACCACGACGUGAAGAGCCAGAAUGGGACAGCGACCGUUCGGUGAUCUUUAGGGAAACCGACAAUCCCAAUGGCAUUUUUACAUCAGCACCCAAGGAAGCCUUCAAGCUUGGGUACUUUGAUGUUAUGUGCCUGGUUCUCAACCGGAUGAUUGGUAAGUUCCCAUUGCUUUCCGAGGUUAUUCGAUAUGAUUUCUUGAGAUUUCGCAGAGGCGUUUCAUGA